AUGGGGCUGCAAGGUGACAAGAAGGGUGAUGCAAAAUCCGCCAAGCUCUUUCGCCUCAAGAAUAAGUCGCAAACCUUGGCUUGCAUUCUUGCUCAUUAUGGUUUUGCACAUACGUUAGAUCAGUCGACAUUGAGUAGAGGGGGUUUGUAUGGCAACUUGAUUGUGGAAGGCGACAUCAUCCGGUGGCUUUCCCUUCCAGAGCUUUGCAAUGCAAUGGGGCUUAUGACCCCUUGGACAGCUCCUUUGGAUCCACGAGAGGCCUAUCCCCUGGUUGGCAACGCUAUUGCCACACCACAUGCCAUGUUGGGAUUGAUCAAUACCAUUGCCCAGACAUCCAAGGUAUCAUGGCAGACCACCCCUGUGCACCUUGUUGACCUUGCUUUGAACCAUCGAUUGUCUGCGAAUCGACAGGAGGUGCUCGUGAAUUCGGCUACGGGCAAAAUUGAAAUCAGGGAGCUAGCUGUGUCACCAACUUUGCCUUGGUCAGACCCACCAGAAGAAUUUGCAAAGUGGUAUAUCCCUAUGGGCCCAGGGUUUGGUCGCAUCCAUGUGCAUCCUGAGCUCCGUGUGGCCCGCAUUCUGCGAUUUCUUUUUCCAAAUGCACAUGGUGGCUCCAUCACAUGGCGUCCCAAAGCUUAUCCAGAUGUACAGAUCCCACUGACACUAGAAGAUAUCCCGGGCUAUGAUACGGUUCAUUUCGACGGGCAAUUUCUGGGGGGGAAGCAAUUGAUCAAUGAGCAACGUCUUGAUGCCUACUUGCCUGCUUCGCAUACCGCAGAGGAUACUUUGAGGAUCCACUUUGUGACGCAGCAACAUGGUGGAGGGAGUAAACUCGAUGCACACCACCGUUUGAAACAACAGGCAGUUGAAUUCCUCUUGCAAUGGGGAGCCAAUCCAGCAGAGGUCAAUACCUUCGUCCAAGACCUUUACGAGAAAGCCGGCGUGGCUAGAUUUCAACAUAUAAUGGCCAUUGAGGAUGGAGAGGAAAAGAUCGCCCAGAUUCAGCGUUUGGCCCAAGCCAUGCAUGUCAAGCAUAUGCAGUUCGAAGACCUGCAGGCUGAACGACAGAAAAAGUUUAAGACUUGGCGCCCCAAGCCUUUCGUUGAUCAAACACUGAUUCGCGCCGAGAACUUUUCCAUUGCGCCCAAGUCCUUUGCGCUAGAUGAUGGUAGUGACGCUGCCUGUCUGUCCUGUACGAGCACCAUUCGUGAAGGGGUUAUGCUUGCAGAUGCUGCCUGUGUAGGUGAUGUCGUUCGCAAUCUUUCCACCAGGCCUAAUGCAUUUGCUGUGUGCGUGGUGGGCGCCGAGUGUCCUACCUUCACCACACCGUGUCAGACCAUUCAUGUCCCUGCUCUCGAUAAGCAAGGCGUGCAGGUUAUUGUUAAAGCCUGUUUGCACCAAUUUGGACAACGCAAGAUCCAACUUCGUACUACCUCAGGUGAUGAUGUGACAGUGCAUCCAUCGUGCUUGGCUGCCAUCACGGCAUGGAAGGCUGAGAUGAAGGAGGACUUGUGGGCCUCUCUUCUGACUUCACCUGCCAAGACCUGUGCUCAGGUCCUGUGUAUCACCCCGAGUGAACAGUAUAGCACAAGCCCAUGGGGCCGCAACUUUCGUAAUGCAGAUCAGUCCUGUGUACCUGAGGACGCCAGUUCCUUUCAGUUCCAUUGCCGCAUUAAGCAAGCUGCUAUUGAACUGCUCAUGAAGCAUAGCGGUAAAGAGGGCGUCCAUUUGACACCAAAGUCCGAGACACUAAAUCGAGCAGAUGAAAAGUAUUCAGUCAUUUGGCAACCAGAUGCCACUUUUGAGCAAGUCCGUGAGUUUGCUGAUUCGGUGGAACAUCAGCUUGGCAUCGCACGCUCUACCACAGGAAGUUUGCAUUAUGGAGUUCGAGUACACAUAGAUCAUUUUCCUGCCACUUUUGCAAAAGCCUUUCCGCGCAAGACCAUACCACCUAUGCUGGUAACGAAUUUCCUCGCCAAGAUUGCACCUGCGCCCACUGGGGCAUCAAGUGAGAACGUUCGUGCGUGGCUUGCCGUCCGUGGCAUCAAAGGCAAACCUAUCCGUGCUCUCAACACAUCGACCUGGCUCAUUUCUACAGUUGAGAAGCCUGUUCGUGCUUUUCACACAUGGGGGAAUAACUCGGUCCUGCUUUCUCCCGUCACUCCGAAAAAUGAGCGCUCCAGACCCACUAUCGUGGCUGGUCAAUCCAAGCAGGAACCCUCGUGGAAAUCGCUAGCAUCAUUGGACGAUGAGCUUCAGGGGCUCGGCGAUCCAUGGGCCCAUUGGGCUUCAUCUUCUACCGGAAGUGCAUCCUCACGCUUGUCGAGUGAAAAGAGCACAGCGGAACCAUCCAUUCGAGCCCAGACGCAGUUAUCUGCUCAGCAGGUAGAGAUCACCACCAUUAAUAAAGAGAAAUUCAACCAGCGAGAAAAGACAGAUGCUUCUUGGAAAACGGCCAUCGCUCGUGACAUGAAGGCUUUCAAGGCCGAGGUAAAGCACGACUUUCAACAACUUGAAGCCAAACACCAGAGCACUUUCGAGGCGGCCCUAGCCAACACAGAAGCUAAGAUCACUCAAUCGAUGCAGAGCUCGAUCAUGCAGCUUCAGCAGUUUAUGGUAGAUCAAGCCAAGAUGUCCGGCAAGCGGCCGCAGCCUCCGAGCCCUGCCAAAUCCAGCCCUGGAGAUACUGAAAUGCAGCAGGCGUCGUGA